UCAUGACGCAACUCGCAACGAAGUCGACAUGAGCGGCUUUGGUUUUCAAUCGCUAUGGUAACAAGCAAUAGUUUAAUUUACGUAUCAAAACUUUUCUAGUCUCUUCGGUUUUCAUCAUGAAAGCUGAAGUCUUCUUAUUGACCUGUGUCCUCUGUUUCUUGUACUCUUUUGAUUCUGUUGCUGGCAUCAAAUGCUGGGUGUGUCGAUCAGACGCUGAUCCACGAUGUGUCGACCCCUUCGAUAACACGACCAUCCCGAUCUUUGACUGUGAUACAAUGAAACUGCCACAGUACCCCGAAUUGAAGGCCACCAUGUGCAGAAAGAUUCGACAGAAAGUUUACGGAAAUUGGCGGUUCAUACGGACCUGUGCUUUCCUGGGUAGUCCUGGUGAAGGAACGGGAAACGAAAAUCACUGCACGAUGAGGACUGGAACGUAUAACGUCUACUUCGAAACGUGCACCUGCAACAGUAAAGACGGUUGCAAUAGCGCUGUAUCUAUACGGAUGUCCUGCAUAACACUCUUUUUGACUAUACUGCUCAUUUUUAAGAUAAAGAUUUUGCAAUCAGGUUGAUUUUGAAAACAAGACUUUAUUGGCAUAAUGUUGUCAACGAAUUUUCAUCCGUCCAAAGAAGCACUCACGAAAAAAAAAAAGACUGUUGAGUGUGCGAAGAAGAAACCAUUAAUAGAAUUGUAAUUGUGUAAUAUAUAUAUAUAUUAUUCUGUGUUGAUUUUGGCUACAAUUUUGGUGUGCGGAAAAUAUUUUUUUAGUACAUUUCAUAUUCUUUGUUAUUACAUUUUAUUACCUAGACUUGUGAUCAACAGUUUUGUACUUCCUUUCAUUGUCUCUUUAAAUGGAAUGUCGAAAGUAUGGUCGCAUUUUGUACCACCAUUUCGACUGCAUAAGUGUAAGUUUUUGCAGAAUGGGUUAUUUCAUUGGAGGUAUUAUCAUGAAAUGUGUGUGUGUGUGUGUAUGGAUUAAUUAUAUCUCAAAAAUAUGCAGUGGAUUCUUAUAUAUUUAAUUUUUUUGGAAAACUGAACACACCUGUUUUUAAUUCAUGCAAUUUGGUAACUUUUUCUUAAAAAAAUCCACUUUCUUCAUGAAGUGUAAUAUAAAAUAAUAAUAUAUUUAUAGAUAAUUAAUAGCUAUUUCCAAUUUGUUUUUAAAUUCAGAAUUUUUUUUUCGGCAAUACCAAGAAUUUCCUGAAACAUGAUGUUAUCUAAACUCAGGAAAGAGAUUUAUUAAAAAUUUAUCAAAAAUUAUAUAAAUCCAACAGAAGUUAUUUAAAUUUUAAACUUUGUUAAUAAUUUAAAUGGAUUGUUGAAUGUAUACCUGUAUUGCCUAGGGAUUAUUGAAUUAAUUAAUUCAGGUUCUUGUGUAUUUUUUGUUUUGUUGCAUUUUCAGAUAUUAUCCAAGUGGGGUGUUUGAGUUUUUGUUUCAUUUUAUGGAAUUUAUAUGUUGAGUUUAUUUAAGUUGAUGUGCGUACUUGAUCGUAUAAAGAUAAUUUUGUGUCCUGUGAUUAAAUAUCAAAAAUUAUUCAAUUAAAUUUAUUUUUAAUUUCAGAUUAUUUAUUAAUGAUUCGAUUGAGAAUAAUAUAUUUUAUCUUUUGAAUCGUUUCAGGUUUUAAACAGAACUUCGUUAAUAAAAUAUUUUAAUGAACUUAAAUAUCACAUUUGAUGAAAAUUGUGUCUGUGUUUUGUCAUUGAGUUCAAUUCCCAAUAAAGUUGAUUUCCUUAAGAAAUAAAUAUUUUUGAAAAUUCAAUAAAUGAAUGAUUUUUUUUUCGUGUGUGUUAGCUUUCUUUUGAUGCAUCAUUAGUUUUAACAUGUUUACGGUGUUUCAUGCAAUAAUUUUUCAAAUCAUUGGUUGAAAAUGUGGAAUACUAAUUGCUAACCUGCUUGCAUCAAUUCUCUAUUUUUGGCGUGUUGGUAUUGUACCAUUAUUAAGUGCAUAUUUUAUUACAUAUGCAUAUUUAAAUGGAAAGUUCCAUUAUCUGAGGCAUUUAAAUAUAUUUUUCAAACUCUUUCAUGUUCUUUUUUUCUUAUAUUUUAAAACUGUUUUUAUUUUAUAUCUAUGAAAAGUUAUUUUUUGAUGUAAAGAGAAUAUUUAAUUUGGCUUAAAGAGGUUUUUUUUUUUUUUUUUUGUGAUUUCUUAUGGAAAAAUAGUAAAAUUUUCUCACUCUUUUUCUAUUACUAGGUUUCAGGAAUUUUUUCCUUAAUUUUUUUUUUUCACAACGUUGUUCCAUACUGCAAUUAUCAAUCUCAUUUGUACACAAAAUAUUUGUUUGUGAUAUAUCGUUCUUUAUUAUUUUAUUUGAACAUAAAUCAUUAUUAAGUAACAUGGUUCUUUAAUGAUUUUGUUUUCUAUAAAAAUAUUGUAAAAUUGUAAGAAUAAGACUUAAAUCAUUUUAUUGAAUUUUAUCUUUUAUUUUAAAUUUAAAAUAUAAUUAUUAAUCUAAAUGUUGUUUUAAAUCUUUUUAAAAGUUUUGCACAAAUACUAAAAUUAGAUCAUGUAAUUUUAUAAAUUAAUUAAGCAUUUUUCAAAUAACAUUGCUUAAUUUGAUUAUUAUUUUUGAGUUAUUAUUUGUUCACGUAAAGAUUCUAUUACUCUUACUUUCUUUUUGAUGUAUGUGUGAUUUAAAAAAAAAUAUAUGGUAUUUAUGUUAAGAUUGAAGAAAACAGAAAAAGAUUUAUAUUAAAAAUUUUACAAUUAAUAUAAUAUUAGAAAGAUUGUUUAUUCUAUAUAUUAGAAUUAUUCAAAUAUGGUAAAUUAUUAAUUUAAUUUGUUAUUUUAUAUUUAAAUUGAAUAUCUAUUCAGUAACAUAAGAAAAAAUUAGGUUUUAUAUAUAUACCUGUUAAAAGAUCUGUCAUUGAAAAUGUGAGUAAAGUAGAUAGGCAUUUAUUUUGUGAUUAACCUGUAUGUAUACUUUAUGGGUAUUAUGCUGAUCUCUUUGUUAACUUCUCGUUUUCAUUUAUUAUGAAUCAAAAUUGAUUUUUACGAUUUUUUUAUAGUUUUUAUUAGCAGAGAAAUGAAGAAAGUUUACCAUGCUGUUUUGAAUGUCUUGAAUGUAUCUUCGAUAUUUUUUUUUUAUUUAUUGAUUUGCAUUUAAUGAUAAUUUAAUUCAAACAUGUUUUAAUUUUAUUUUUUUGCUUACAAGAAUGGAUACUGGUUAAUAGAUGAAAAUAUUUUUUUAAAUGUUUGUGAUGUUUGUUAAGAAAUGUAUAUAAUGAAGCUGCUCAGUUGUGAAUCACAAUAUAUUGUAAAAAUUGUUUCUUAUUCCCUUGUAAGAAGGAUUCUUGAAAUAAUUUUAUACUUUGAAUAAAGCAUAUUUUUUACAUCGUUAAAUAUUU